AUUUUAGGCGGUGCGUACGAUUCCCGCCUGAUCUUGUGAACCCCCUCAAAGGACUAUGGCGAUUCUGGACGAGUCUUUAGGCGAAUGCUGAGCUUGCCGUUGUUUGGACCUCUCUGUUACCAUUCCUCGAUGAUCGCACUGUAGGUCUGUGUUUGUCCAUAUCAGCAUAAGAGGCGGAACGGGGCGUUUGGGCGAUCGACUUUCUGCAUAGCGAAUUGUGUCGGCAAUAAUACAAACUGUUCUUCACAGCCGAGACACGCACAUUCCCCCCUCAAACGAGUCCUCCUCCUGGUGGCUGUCUCGACCAUGUUCCUGUUCCGGAUAAGGCAUGCUGUCAUCUGUCUGAUUUUCGCAACCAUUGUUAGUUUGGUCUUCUAUUAUCGAUCGGCGAGUGGCUCCGUCACGAUCAGAGCCUUACAAUCCAAGGUCCCGCAAAUUGUUGGACUUGGAGACUAUUUCGACGCGGAGGAUCAGGAUGCUCAGAACCAGACCCGGCCAAUGUCCCAUCCGGACGGAGACUCUCCUGCCUCGAACUCUGCCACAGACUCAGCGGCGGUAGUAGCCGGCGCCCUCCCAGGAUUGACAUAUACUCGAAAUCUGGUUAUGGCUCGGCUGAAGGAGGAAAACGUUACGUGGCUUGACGGGGUCGACCUUGGCCCGGACAUCAAAAAGUUCAUCUACGUCGCCGACGACCCCAGUGCGCCGUUGCACCCUCCCCAAAACAAAGGUCACGAAGUCAUGACUUAUCUCACCUACAUUAUUGAUUUCUAUGAUGAGCUACCCGACGUCAGCAUCUUUAUGCAUGCCCACCAAGACGCAUGGCACAACAACGAACUUCUGAACUGGGACGCCGCCGAAAUGAUCAAACAACUGAGUAGCGAGAGAGUCCAGCGCAAAGGCUACAUGAAUAUGAGAUGCCAUUGGAAGCCAGGAUGCCCAGAUUGGAUUCAUCCAGGUCAGAUAGAGAGGGACAAGGACAAACUGGAACAGUCGUACAUGGCGUCGACUUGGGCCGAGUUGUUCGCGAACAAGCCCAUCCCAGCAGUCCUUGCUCAGCCGUGUUGCUCCCAAUUUGCGGUGAGUCGCGACCAGAUAAGGUUGACACCAAGGGAGACGUACAAGCAUUACCGGGACUGGCUUCUACGGUCGGGAAUAUCGGAUGUCACCAGUGGUCGAAUCUUUGAGUAUCUCUGGCAAGUCAUCUUCGCGGAUGAGAGCGUGUUCUGCCCAAGCCAACGGGCAUGCUAUUGUGACGGAUACGGUGUCUGCUUCGAGACCGACAAGACAUUUGACAAGUGGUUUGAAAUAAGAUACCAACGGCAAAUGGCCGAGAAGGAGUUGCGUGAGUGGAAUGAGAAAGCUGAGGCAAUUGAAAAAUUCCGGGACAAGGACGGAAGACUCCCCGGUAUUGAAACAGGGGAGCUUCAGGUGCCAGAGCUCGGGAGGAAAGAACAGCUAGAAGCCUCGAUUGAAGGAAAGAAGGCGGAACUAGAACGGAGGAGAUUGGAAGCCUUGGAGAGAGGCAGGGACCCGAGGAAUAGAGCAGAGAGUGACGGGCGACCCUGGAAAGAGGGCGAUGGAUUCUAGAGGUUCUGCUGUAUAUCUGAAGCCGUUGGCGGGAGGAUGCAUAUACUCUGGCUAGAUCAUAGAACCUUAUAUACAUAGCGGAGGAGUUGGUUAUUUUUGCCCAGAGAAGAAGCUAUGGAGGCUACGAGA